CCAUACUGCCAUGCACAUUUUUUUCAUUUCACUUGAUAACUUCUUAAACAGCGUUUUCUUCCGCCAAAACUAAAAAAGCUUCCACCGCAAUGGGCGGCGUUUCUUGUACACGACAGACUACGCCAGCAGCUGCAGCAUUAGCUGUAGUACUGCUCGUCAUGUGCUCCGCCGUGACUUCGUGUCCGCCGUCAGACAGGGCGGCGCUGCUUGCUUUCAAAGCCGCUCUCCACGAGCCUCACCUUGGAAUCUUUAACUCGUGGACCGGCGCCGACUGCUGUAACAAGUGGUACGGCGUCAGCUGCGACCAGGAGACCCGCCGCGUCGCCGACAUCAACCUCCGCGGCGAGUCGGAGGAGCCAAUAUUCGAGAGAGCACACCGAACUGGCUACAUGACCGGAUACAUCUCUCCGAAGAUCUGCAAGCUCAAGCGCCUCUCCAGCAUCACCAUCGCCGACUGGAAGGGAAUCUCCGGCGAGAUUCCUCGCUGCAUCACCUCUUUACCGUUCCUCCGCAUAAUCGACCUAAUCGGAAACCAAAUCUCCGGCACAAUCCCCUCCGACAUUGGCAGACUCCACCGCCUCACCGUCCUCAACGUCGCCGACAACGCAAUCUCCGGCUGGAUCCCUCCGUCGCUAACGAACGUCACAAGCCUCAUGCAUCUCGACCUCCGUAACAACAAGAUCUCCGGGCCUAUCCCACGGGCCUUCGGAAACCUUCAAAUGCUUAGCCGGGCCUUACUAAGUGGAAACCAGAUCAGCGGGCCCAUUCCUGAAUCACUCACUCGAAUUUACCGCUUAGCGGAUCUAGAUCUAUCACGAAACCUAAUUUCCGGGCCCAUACCCUCAUCGCUGGGUAAAAUGGCGGUUCUCUCCACAUUAAACUUGGAUAUGAACAGGCUUUCGGGGCCCAUACCCGUGAGCCUGUUUAGUUCUGGAAUAAGUGACUUAAACAUAAGUCGUAACAGCUUAGAUGGUAAAAUCCCAGACGCGUUCGGUGUUAGAUCUUACUUCACCGUUCUUGAUUUGUCUUACAAUAAGCUUAGUGGGCCCAUUCCCAAAUCCAUAACUUCAGCUUCCUAUGUGGGCCACUUGGAUUUAAGUCACAACCAUCUCUGUGGCCCAAUUCCGACGGGCUCACCGUUCGAUCACCUCGAAGCGUCGUCGUUUGUGUUCAACGAUUGCCUCUGCGGAAAGCCCCUCAACAAACCUUGUUAAUGUUAAUGCUGUGUUGUAACUUGUAUUGUUAGCUCUACCAUAUAAUUAAAUUAAAACAACUCUCACCCUCUCAUAAAAGGUACUGUAAUAUUUUAAUGGGAGAUGCUCCCAUAAAGAUGCAUCAAACGUCUUUUUUUAAAGAUGUUUUUUAAUAAUUAAAAUUUAACACAUAUAAUCACUUAAA